AUGUCUGAGAAGGCUCAAGCAAAAACAGACACAUUAGGAUGUGCAACACCGCUUGCACAGGUCAUUCAUAGUGGGAUGAAAAUUCAAAUCAAGCAAAAUGAACUCAAGCUUUCUAUUAAGAAAAAUGAUAUACCAUCUGAUACGCUCCAACAACAACAACAUGCUCUUGCACGGGAGAUACAUUCCUGGAGGAAGACCCAAUUACGUGCAACUCCAGCCAUUGAGAAUCACAUUGAAGCAACCGACGUUCAUGUGGAAGCAGAGGAAGAACCCCUUUACCUUCCAUCAGAUUUUCUUCCUGAGGAACAUGGUUCGUUAGGGCUCACUACAGUGGCUGAGGUUGAGUACCAGCUGCGUGAGGGCGAAGCCAAUGAUGCUGUCACUUCACUAUGUCAGGCAAUCAUUCAUGGCAUGGUCUUACUGGAGAACAAGAGCCAACAUUCUCGCGGAGUGUACCAGAACAUGAGGGCGCUCACUUACAUGAAUAACGUGAAAGAUCGAAAAGCCGCAUGGGCUUCCCACUAUCGUCAUUCACGCAACAAAAUUCUUCACCUUGCUGGGAAAACUCUCCUGGACGAUUUCCCCCCACUGUUGGAUCAGGACAUGUUUGCGAAGAAUGCUGCAGGAGCAAGAGGGCUUGGUGAGGGAUCCAAAACUGACAGCUGGAUAUGGACCUUUGGGAAACUAAGAGGAAUGGGAAAAGAUGAAAAGGCAUCGUUCAUUAUGGAAACUGAGAAAGUCCAAUGGUGUCAAGCACGCACUGACAUGGAGCACUGGAUUGAGGAAGUUGAGAUCAUCAAAGAAGAAUUCCGUCGCUUUGUUCGCGGUUGUGAGAGGAUGGAAACAGUUUGGACCGAACUCUCAAAAUCCCAAGUUGUGUCGAAGAAAUAUGUGUUUGGUGAGAAACCACCUUCAGGAUUUAGAGCUUAUGCACCACAGAAGGCAGAUAUGUACCAGAGAAUGGCAACCGACACUCGAAAAUGCUUCUCAAAAGGUGGCGGUCAAUGGCCCUCAGCAAACGAGACUUUUAGUGAACAUGUACGCUGGCAGAGGCCAAACCUCAUGAUUGAUUGGAAUGGAUUGAAGUGA